GUUAAACUUCCUCUCUCAGCCACACAGGAAGCUGAGCCGGCUCGGGGCCCAGCACACACAGGCCCCCGGGACCCCUGGGGAAAGGGCCCCGCCGGGCCAGCCCUGCAGGGACCAUGGGAUCCAGCGCCGAAGGAGGUCCCUCCGCUGUGUUUGAUUGGUUCUUCGAAGCAGCCUGCCCCGCCUCCCUGCAGGAGGAUCCCCUAAUCCUGCGGCAGUUUCCUCCAGACUUCAGGGACCAGGAAGCAAUGCAGAUGGUGCCUAAAUUCUGCUUCCCUUUCGACGUGGAAAGGGAACCCCCCAGCCCCGCUGUACAGCAUUUCACCUUCGCCCUCACAGACCUGGCAGGCAACCGCAGAUUUGGUUUCUGCCGCCUCCGGGCCGGCGCUCAGAGCUGCCUCUGCGUCCUCAGCCAGCUGCCUUGGUUUGAGGUGUUCUACAAACUCCUGAACACAGUGGGGGACCUUCUUGCCCAGGACCAG